AUGCAAGGCCAACCAGCGUUUACCUUGAAACGCAAAGUCUCUGAGUUGGAUAGUUUUAUAUGUCCAGCAAUGAAAACAUCAGAUGUGGACGCUAAUAUUAGAUCCCUCAAUCGGACAUGGCUCUGUAAGUUUACGCAGGUCCUGAUCGACCAUUACCAAACCACACUUCAAGAGAAGCUGACCACCAUUCGUACCAAGUCUCUAUCAACACCUGCCGUCGACCGCAUAGUUUCUCAUGCCCUGUCCUGGGCCCGUCGCUCCUAUGGAAAACGUCUCACUCAAGCUGUAAUCACCAAAUUCUACCAAACAAUCAACGAAACAAAAACCAGAGUAACCAUAUCUCUACCAACUGAAAUGGACACUACACCUGUACCAUCUAGAGCCACCACGCUGCCGAACCAAACCCCUAAACGAGCCCGAUGUUCACCUACUCCUAGUCCAGCAGACAUAGGUAAACGCUCUCGUAGAGAGGGCACUCCCCUUCUCUUUUCACUUUCAGACUCGUCUUCCCCUUCCACACCAUCUGAAUCUUCACCGCGUGAUCCAGGAUCCGCCAACCUUUCUUCCUUCUGUGCGUUUUUGGACCAGCAAACCACCCCUCAGUCUCCAUCCAAGUCGAAACGUGUAUCCAGACCUCAGUCCGUUCCCAAUGCUACAAUUCUAACAACUACCAAACCAGCACCAAUCACACCGUCGACAACCAUUAUAUCCGCUACCAAACCAUAUUAUCACCAAACCAAGGACAAAUCUACCUUAAUUAUUGGAUCAUCUAACCUGAAUCGAAUUACCAAAAACCAGUUCAGACACUGA